AGUCCGUUUAUUUUAGAACAAUAUUUUGUGCAAAUGGUUAAUUAUUAUGGGAGUGACAGAUUAUUAAUAUUGGGUGUUAUAAAACCUCAAUUUUUGCCAAAGAGCCUAAGACCUGACCGGUAUAUAUUUACAAGCAAUUUUGAUUUAUAUAAAGUGUCUUUCAUAGGCAUCAAUAAUCAAAGACCAAAACAUUUUCAAUGUCUUUGGUAACCGAAGAGUUGAAAGCCAAAGCAGAGGUGUAUUAUGGUGACAAUGUUUGCAGGGAGAAGUUCUCUCUAUUGCUGGCAGAAAAAGGACUACCAGGUGGAUUAUUAUCCAUGCAAGACAUUGAGGAAUGUGGUCACGUGAAGGAAUUAGGCUUUGUUUGGCUCAAGCUAGGGAAGAAAAUACAAAGCAAGUUUGAUAACAUACUUGUGAGUUAUGAUUCGUUGGUCACUGCUUAUGUGGAACCAAACAAGAUCAGGUGUCUUACGGGUGUUAAGGCUAAAGAGUACUUGGUUUGGUUCAAUGUGAAUGAGAUUCAUGCCAAAGGGGGAUCCUCCGUCACCUUCAAAUCUUUUGUUGGUUUGUCUAUGUCUUUUCCUCUUUCAUUUUUCCAAGCUGAGAAAUCACAAGGCAAGGAAGAUCAAAUUGUAAUUAAUAAGCGCAAAUAAUAAUAAUUAUGUUUAAUUGAUUAUUCUCCUCAGAUUAUGCUUGAUGUGAUGCACUUGUAUGUAUUUUUUAUGAUUUAUUGCUUGUAGUUUAUUGAAAAUUGGGGAACCUUUGUACCAAAAAAAGAAUAUGCUGAGCAAUGUUUGUUUCAUUAAGAAUAUGCCUAAUAAACUGCUUAUUGUUCUCUUUCCA